AUGUCUAGUAACGUUUUACCAAAAGCCAUACUACAUGCUGUGUAUGGAACUACAACUGCACGAUUUGUACCUCAAUUGCAACGAAUAACAUUAAAGUGCUGUAAAUUUCGACACGACAGUCGAGGUGUCAGAGACUUUAUUGAAAAUCAUUUAGUGGACUUCGCUCGAGAUAAUCCGGCAACUGUUAUCUAUGUAAAGCCACGAAGAAAUAGACCUCCUCUCCUGGUUGCUGAGUAUCUGUGUGGUAACUGGCAUUAUGUACAUGCCAAAGACAUGACUUGUGAAGAAAUAGCUAACUGGAUCAAUUUUUUACGUACUCGUUCUGGGGUGGAUAUUUUUCCCAUAAAUAAAUAUUGGUCAACUAAACGCCCUUCAAUUCAAGGCAUGUGGCAUCCGUUUUAUGAACCUCUAAAUAACCAAAAAACCUUACGAACACCCGAUGAAAUUGUAAGGAACAUUGAUCAACUUUGUCGAACUGAACAAAAUGAGCUAUCAGCAGAGGAAAUACUGUUGGAAAGAGCGAAACUUCAACAGUAUCGUCUAUCUGACUGA